AUGGUACCCGAAAGAAUCUGGAUAUCGUACAACAAUCAGCUCACUAGCGUUCUCACACAAGAGCUUGAGUUCGUUGAUGACCUCGCCGAGGCGACCAGAAACAAAUUCUCGCGUUCUUUGCGUGCCUUCGACUCGACGGAUAUCACCCUGCAUACCGAUAAGGACGCUGAUACGCUCCCUCCACACUCACGCCUUGCAGCACACGCUGAACAACUCUCCCGUUGCAACGUACCAGAGACUCCUCUUGUAGUGAAAGUAAAAUCGGACGUUGCCCCGAAGACUCCUCUUAUAGCGAAAGGUGUUCCUGCCAUAAUCUGGCUAUCGUACAACAAUAAGCUCACUAGCGUUCCAACACAAGAGCUCGAGUUCGUUGAUGACCUCGCCAAGGCAGUAAAAAGCACAUUUUCGCGUUCUUUGCGUGCCUUCGAAUCGACGGAUAUCACCCUGCAUGUCAAUGAGCACGCAGAGGCGCUCACUCCACACUCACGCCUUGCAGAACACGCUGCACAACUCUCCCAUUGCAGUGUGCCGGAGACUCCUCUUGUAGUGAGAGUCUCAGAACUCAAAGCAGGAUUGAACAUUCAGGACCUCAUACGCUUCUGGAAGGCUCUACCAGAGGCCAGUUUGGUUGUCGACAGGGAGGUAGAAUACUUGGAGCUAAAAGAGUCUUACAUUCUGGGAGACAAAAAACUUGGCCACCGCCUACUUGUGCGCCCUAUUUACAAAGAGCUCUGCGAGUUUUUUAAGGCCAACGCCUAUGAUCGAUGGGUCGUUACCGGUACUCCUGGGAUUGGAAAAACCUUUUUUUCCGUCUACUACAUGUGGAUUGCGGCGCGCGCGAAAAAAACUGUGGUGUGGCAGCCUCCCUUCCUUCCUGAACAUUUGUCCUAUUUGAUGACAUCAAGCGGCGUUGAACUGGUUGGUACUUGGGGUUCUGAGAUUGACGGCGCUCUCGCAAAAUCCGAAGCAGUACACAUUGUGGAUGGUAAAGCUCCAAAAUUAAGAAAAGUCUGGACUCUCCUCGUCACCUCUCCACAACACAAUCACUACCACCAAUUUCUCAAAGACGACAAUUCAAAGCUAUUGUAUAUGCCGCCUUGGAGUUAUGAGGAAUUGCAAACUUGCAAAGCUAUCCUCUAUCCAGAUGAACAAAUAUUGCCCACAGCGCUCAUGGACCGAGUUUUUGAAUGGUACGGCGGUGUGCCGAGAUACGUUCUUGCUCGGGCCUCAACCGAAUUCAAACGAAAGGGUGGCAACGAGGACGCUGCAUUUGAAGAGGUGAAUCAGAGUCUGACAGAAGCCAUCAACCGAGGUGGCAUCAUGGAUGUUAUCAAAGCCUAUCAAGCCGAAACUCCCGAUGGACAAUAUUCGCAUCGCGUGGUACACAUUUUUAGUCACCCCUCUGGAGAACUCACUCGGUUUCACUUGUCAUGGGCAUCAGACCAAGUAGCGACCGAAAUGUCCAAAAGAUAUGAGCAAGAACUUCGCAUCAACAUUCUGAACUUGCUCCGAGAUUGUCCCGAUGGUAGCAAUUUCCGUGGAAUGCUAUUCGAGAUGCACGCUCAAAACGUGUUGCAAGAAGGUGGAACCUUUCAAGUCCGUCCGCUUGGCGAAGGAGAUCCGCGAAGUGGCCAGAAUAUUAAGAUCACGUUUCCCGUAGCCGAACGUCGAACCUUCAAAACUUACGAAGAAGUUGACCUACGCACCGACGUGUUCUGGAGGCCGUGCAGUGCAACCCUGGCAUCAAUUGAUUCGUUGCGUGGACCAGCGAAUUUUUUUCAAAUUACAGUUUCCAACACACAUCCGAUCAAGCAUCAGGGCCUCAGCAAAGCUCUAGAGCUGGUGGACAAGUCCGAAUCCAGCCGAAGGCUUUACUUCGUGGUCCCAUCCAAUAUUUAUUCGACUUACAAACAUCAGCCGUAUCAUACCAAAGACGGGAAGAUAUACAAGCGAAACCUUGGUGACAUUGGCAAAGUAGAGCAGUGGGCUUUGAUGAUUCCAAUAGGGGCCGAGAAUUUGUCAAGAGGAGACAAGAAACCGCCCAAAAAGAAGCAGGCUGUCUGA